CCAUCUUCCUCUUCCCUGCUCGGGCGCCCCGCCGCAGUCGCAGCCGUCGUCAGGUUUCAUCUCUCGUUAAAAUGUCUAACGGUUAUGAAGACCACAUGGCGGACGACUGCAGGGACGACAUCGGCAGGACAAAUUUAAUUGUUAACUACCUUCCUCAGAACAUGACCCAGGAUGAGUUGCGGAGCCUGUUUAGCAGCAUAGGGGAGGUGGAGUCCGCCAAGCUUAUUCGCGACAAAGUGGCAGGACACAGCUUGGGUUACGGUUUUGUGAACUACGUGACCGCAAAAGAUGCUGAAAGAGCAAUCAACACACUGAACGGCCUGAGACUUCAGUCCAAAACUAUCAAGGUGUCGUAUGCUCGCCCAAGCUCCGAGGUGAUUAAAGAUGCCAACUUAUACAUAAGUGGGCUGCCACGGACCAUGACACAGAAAGAUGUGGAAGACAUGUUUUCACGGUUUGGACGCAUUAUCAACUCGCGUGUGCUGGUGGAUCAGACUACAGGCUUGUCCCGAGGGGUUGCCUUCAUCCGGUUUGACAAAAGAUCAGAAGCGGAGGAAGCGAUUUCAAACUUCAACGGCCACAAGCCGCCGGGCUCCUCUGAACCCAUCACGGUGAAGUUCGCAGCCAACCCCAACCAGAAUAAAAACGUGGCUCUCCUGUCCCAGCUCUACCACUCCCCAGCUAGACGGUUUGGGGGGCCUGUCCAUCACCAGGCCCAGAGAUUCAGGUUCUCUCCUAUGGGUGUAGAUCACAUGAGUGGGCUUUCUGGUGUAAAUGUCCCAGGAAACUCUUCGGGCUGGUGUAUCUUCAUCUACAACCUUGGCCAAGAUGCCGAUGAGGGAAUCCUCUGGCAGAUGUUUGGCCCCUUUGGCGCGGUGACUAAUGUGAAAGUCAUCCGCGACUUCAACACCAACAAGUGUAAAGGCUUUGGCUUUGUGACAAUGACAAACUAUGAAGAAGCCGCCAUGGCCAUAGCGAGUCUUAACGGCUACCGGCUGGGGGACAAACUCUUGCAGGUUUCCUUCAAAACCAACAAGUCCCACAAAUAACUUCUUCGCUCGUGGCUUCUCCUCCUCC